GGUCGGCUUUUACCGAGCUGUAGGCUGGGGCCGAACUCUUUGGUAAUGCCGAACUGAUACUCUUCCUUGGGCUUUGGGCUGAUGGGCCGUCACUGCUAUUGGGCUUGUUUAGUCCGUACUCCAUCAGAGAGGGAGGAGUAUGAGAAGGAGAUCGAAAAGUUGAGGCAAGAAAGAGUUUCCCUCGAGACAGAGGUGGAGAGUUACAGACAGAAGAAUCAAGGAUACGAGGACGAGCUGAGAUCACUGGGGCAGACACUGCAGGGCAUUGAUCAAAGGCAGCGGCAGCUGGUGGAUAGCUUGGCCCAUCUGCUGCAGAGCCCGGGCUAUGGCUCGGGUCUCAUGGACCAGUCCGAAUCCCCAAGCAAGAAGAGACGGCUUCUGGCUCUGCGUUACUUGAGAGACGAAGCCAAGGUGAUCAAAGAGGAUCCCAGCCAUUCAUCACCUCUUCCAGUGUUGGACUUGAAAUACCUUGAGAAGCUGGACUCAUCUCUAACUUUCUGGGAGACGUUCCUUCACGGGAUUGACCAAAUCCCUCCAGAAAACGAGCCAUCCUCGCCUAUGGAGCCUGAUAUCAACGUCCCACCUUGCACUCCUCCACAAGAGUGUUGUAAUGAAUCUUUGGCUUAUGAUCCUGAGUCAAGGCCUAACAAGCCAUCAGGAGUCGACAUGAAGAUAAGUCCGGAUGCUAGGUCGGCUGAAGGGAGUGGGACUAAUCAGGCCGUGGCUGCUAAUGAUGUGUUCUGGCAGCAGUUUCUGACCGAGGCUCCUGCUCCGUCUGUGGUGCAGGCGGAACAAAGAGAGGCGUACGAAAGGACGACGAAUCCUAGUAGAUUUGCGGAUGAACACAAGCCUUGGUGGACUGUGGAUGGCCUUACAACACAACACACGGGGCAUCUCUCUCAAGCCGAGAGGAUCUGACACGGUUCUUUCGUAGUUUUACUAUCGUGUUAAAAGAUGCCAUGAUGAUAGUAUUAGAUGAUGCAUUUGGCUUUCUUGUUCUAGAUUUUUGUUGUUUUACAUGUUUUUAUUUUUGCAUGAUUUGAUGAGUAUAUCUUUUUCUGUGUAUAUAUUGUUCAUAUCUCUCUCUCAUCAUCUAU